AUAUUAAGGCUCAAGCAAUCCAACAACACUCAAUGAUCUCACACUUUAAGUCCCAAGAGCCAAUUGUGUCUCUGUAUAAAAAAACCUUUUCAAAGUGAGUCAGACAGAAAACUGCCACAGGCGAGAACCCACAGGUACCCUCUGACUUGAGGUUUUUUUUUCUUUCAAGAUUACACACACUCUACAGUUUUUUUUAUUGAAAAUUUUUUUUCAAUUUCUCCACAGGAACCUGAUUGUUGUUGAAUAAACUUUUGUUUCAGGUAAAGAUUACUCAUCUGUAGCCACUUGAAGCUAUUUUUCUCUAAGAAGAAGAGACUGCAUGAUCAUGCUGUCAAACUCUUCUCCAGUGGACAUAUUGUCACUGUCAUCUCUGGAAGUUCAAUCUAAAUAUAUUUAUCCAUCAUUUAUAUUUGGAACUCUUCUUUAUCUGAUUAUUGUCUUUUUCAAUCUACUGGUAUUGCUAACUAUCAUUGUGAGUAAAAAGCUCCACAAACCCAUGUUUAUUCUGCUGUUAAAUCUGCCCAUCAGUGACAUUGUGGGUGCAACGGCCCUUUUCCCUCACCUUCUUUUCAGCAUCAUCACUGAGAACAGACACAUUCCUACCAAGGCGUGCCUCACCCAGGCUCUUUUCAUUCAUAUCUACGGCACAGGAAACAUGAUGAUUCUGAGUGCGAUGGCGUUUGACAGAUAUGUAGCUAUAUGCCGUCCUUUAAACUAUCAUUCAAUACUGACAUCCAAGAAUUUAAUUAGAAUUAUUUUUUUGGUAUGGUUUAUUAAUGUGUCAAUGAUAUUCUCCUUGUUCAUGCUAUUAACUCAAUACAAAAUUUGCAGGGCAGAUGUUGUGGAUUUGUUUUGUAACUAUCCCUCAGUGCUGAAGCUAGUAUGUGGUUAUUUGACUUGGCACAAUUAUUACGGGAUAUUUACUAAUAUAAUUAUAUUGGGAUGCCCAUUGAUGAUUAUAGUGUUCACCUAUGUACAGAUCUUGGUCACGUGUAUAAAGACAAAUAACCCAGAUGGCAGGAGAAAGGCCCUUCAAACGUGCUGUACACAUGUGCUUGUUUUUCUUGUGUUGCAGAUCAACACAAACGCUACAUACAUCCUUCAUCGAAGUCAAAGUCAACUAACACUUCUGAGAAAGGCCUUUGGAAUGUCUGUUGUCAUUUUUCCCCCCUUUUUGGACCCUUUAAUUUAUGGACUGAAUACUAGAGAAUUGAGACAAUGUAUAGUAAUGUUUCUGCGAAGAAAUGUGGGUUCUACAAAGUAGGCAAUUUUUAUGUCUUUUCUGUUUUUUGUGUCAGUGAUUUUGACCACUUACUCCUUUACACAGUGACUUUAUAUGCUAUAAAACAUUUGACCAAAGGUUUUUCAUUGCUGAAUUGCAGAUAUCGUAACUUUAAAUAACAAAUGAUAAGAAAAUUUUAAUAGCCAAAUGUCUCAAUCAGUGUCUAGAUUUAAACUCUGGAAUGGCCUUGGGAGCUAGCUUAAACAAUGUGCAAACAUAAACCAUUUCAAACAAAUAUUUAACAAAAUGGCGCUGUAAAAAUAAAAAAAAUAUAAAAAA